AUGGUGCAUACCUACAUGUCAGGGAACGACUCGCAGAUGACGGACACGCUCACUGAUCUGGAGGACUUUCCUCAGAAAGGCCUCGUCGCGCCCCGAUAUAUGGGGACAUUGGCCGACCAGAAGGAUAUGACUGCUGGUUUGACCGAUGGCGGAACUGCUGGUCUCAUAUGGGGCUUUGUUGGUGUCUCCAUCGGCUUCACCUUGGUAUAUGCCAGCAUCUCCGAGAUGGCCUCAAUGGCUCCCACUGCCGGUGGACAGUAUCACUGGGUAUCUGAAUUUGCACCAAGAACGGGACAAAAGUUCCUUAGUUAUAUCACAGGAUGGCUCUCUGCAAUGGGAUGGCAAUGUGCAAUUGUUUCGAUCGCUUAUCUCGCGGGGACUAUUAUUCAAGGUCUCAUUGUGCUGAACCAACCGGAAUACGAUUUUCAGCGAUGGCACGGAACAAUGCUGGUGAUUGCAAUCUCGACUUUCUCGAUUCUAUUCAACACCUUCCUCGCCAAGAACCUCCCGUUCGUUGAAGGGCUGAUUCUGAUCAUCCAUGUUAUCGGCCUAUUUGCGAUUAUUAUCCCACUAUGGGUACUUGCGCCGCGCAAUAAUGCUCAUGCUGUGUUUACUACUUUUCACAACGGAGGUGGUUGGCGCGAUGCCGGGACCGCGACCUUCGUUGGCCUUUCUACCACCAUCACCUCGAUGCUCGGCUACGACUGUUCUGUGCACAUGUCCGAAGAAAUCAAAGAUGCGUCGGAAACACUACCUAGGGCCAUGAUGUCCUCUGUCGCGGUAAACGGCGUCUUGGGUUUUAUUAUGUUGGUGACACUCUGCUUCACCUUGGGCGAAGUAGAUGCCGUCCUUGAAAGCCCAACCGAGUUUCCCUUUAUUCAAAUCUUCUAUAAUACGACUGGUAGUCUCGCUGCGACAAAUGCAAUGACUGCAGUACUGGUGGUAACACUCACCGCAAGCACGAUUACCGAAGUCGCGACCGCAUCGCGACAACUUUGGUCCUUUGCCCGUGACGAAGGACUCCCAUUUUCGUCUUUCUUUGCAUACGUUACACCAGGAUGGAACAUCCCGCUGAACUCGGUGAUGGUAUCGUUGGGGGUCACCAUUUUGCUCUCACUCAUCAACAUUGGCUCCCAGGUAGCUCUCAAUGCGGUUAUUUCGCUGACAAUCACUUCGCUUCUGUCUGCAUACAUUAUUUCGAUCGGUUGCGUGCUUCUAAAGCGCCUUCGGGGCGAAUCGCUUCCGCCUCACCGCUGGACACUCGGUCGGUUUGGUCUGGCGGUCAACGUGGGAGCACUGGCCUUUCUUUUACCAGUAUUUGUUUUUGCCUUCUUCCCUUGUCGACGCCGGUCACUCGUGAAACUAUGA